UCGUCCUGCGCUGGGGCACAAGCUUGUCGCGUUACUGCGCGCCGCACGUGUGCUCGCUCGGUUCGGGUUGCGGUAGCGAUGGACGCUUUGGAUCGGGUUAUAAAGCCCAAAACAAAAAGGGCCAAGAGAUUCCUUGAGAAGAGAGAACCGAAACUCAGUGAAAAUAUUAAAAAUGCCAUGCUUAUUAAAGGGGGAAAUGCAAAUUCAACAGUGACACAAGUUCUCAGAGAUGUGUAUGCACUGAAAAAACCGUAUGGCGUUCUGUAUAAAAAGAAAAAUAUUACAAGACCAUUUGAGGAUCAGACAUCACUGGAAUUCUUUUCAAAGAAGUCAGAUUGUUCUUUAUUCAUGUUUGGCUCCCACAAUAAGAAGCGGCCAAAUAAUCUAGUAAUAGGUCGUAUGUAUGACUACCAUGUGCUGGAUAUGAUUGAAUUAGGUAUCGAGAAGUUUGUCUCUCUAAAAGAUAUUAAGAAUAGUAAAUGUCCUGAGGGAACAAAACCCAUGUUAAUAUUUGCUGGUGAUGAUUUUGAUGUAACAGAAGACUACAGGAGGCUAAAAAGUCUUCUCAUCGAUUUCUUCAGAGGCCCCACGGUAUCAAAUAUCCGCCUGGCUGGUUUAGAGUACGUUCUGCACUUCACUGCCCUGAAUGGGAAGAUUUACUUUCGAAGCUAUAAGUUGCUGUUGAAGAAGUCUGGUUGCAGAACACCACGGAUUGAAUUGGAAGAGAUGGGACCCUCAUUGGAUCUGGUUCUGAGGAGGACACAUCUGGCAUCAGAUGACCUUUAUAAGUUAUCCAUGAAAAUGCCAAAAGCCCUCAAGCCAAAGAAGAAGAAAAAUAUCUCCCAUGAUACUUUUGGUACAACUUAUGGAAGGAUUCAUAUGCAGAAGCAAGACCUAAGCAAACUACAAACCAGAAAAAUGAAGGGGUUGAAGAAACGACCUGCAGAAAGGAUAACAGAAGACCAGGAAAAAAAACCAAAGAGAAUUAAAAAAAAUUGAUGGAACUUAGCCAAUAACUACAGUUUUAUUGUAGUCUGUUAACUUAAGAGAAUUAUCAAAGCAUCAGUCAUAUCUGAGUUUUUUUACAAGAUUUUUUUGUAUAUUUUUAUAACAUAAUUUACCUAACCUGUAUGUUAUACAAUGAACAGUAAUAUACUAUUAUUAGGUAGAAGUUAAGCCUCUUACUUGAGACAUUACACCCUGGUCUGCCAUUUUCUCUCCAUGAUAAAUUUCCCUCUGUCCACCCUUUUGCAAAAUCCCCUGUCUCAUUGGGUGGGUGAGUGAGGAGGGAUGUCCAGAACUACCAGUGGUAUCUCGGAAUUUCUCAGUUACACUUUAGAUACAAUGAGGAAGCCAUGGAAAGUAGAAAUAAAUGGCCCAAAGGAACUGUGUGUAUACUCAGUAUGACCUACCUGGAAAGUUAACCCAUCUUCUAACGUAAACCUACAGCCUGGAUUUAUUUUUUACUUUUCAGUUAUUUUGCCUGAAAUUUUACCAGUUAGAGAUUCAUUUGAUAUUUUAAGCUUUUUGUCAUAAAACGUAGGUCUCUAAGAGAGAUCUUCACUACUUGAUCAUUGACAUACUACUUUACUAUUGAUUAUUUUAAGGGAUUCUACUAGUAAAUGGAGCCCUACCCCCUUCUCUGAGAGAAAGAAAAUUUUAAUAGGGGUAGAAGUAAGAAAGGUAGAGAAUGAGUAGGUUUUAAGACAGGGCACUUUAGGUUACUAGGUAGGUAAAGGUUGCACAAAGGCCCUGGGUGUUUGCAUACCGAGUAGGAGUAAGCAAAAGCUAAACAAACUUGUUUUGAAAUUUUCUUGGAAGACUGGCCCUGUGCCUGGGAAAGUGGGAAGAAGCUUUCUACUUUCUCCUCCUGGUGGUGUAUACUUGAUUCCCCUACAUGUAAAAUGUAGGUUCCUGGAUUGAGUCCCUUACAAAGAAGCUCCUUUAUACAAGUGCAUGCCAAUUCUGUUGUAAAAGCUCAAACAUACAUAAAUCAUAAUUUGUUACAUGAGGUAGAAAUGCCUUCUUUUCAGUUUCCUACCAAGGAGCCCCUCCAUGCCUAGAUGUGCAUGUGUUUAUGGGAGUUUGCUGGCACUAAGCAAAAACUCGAGCCUCAGUUUUACCUUCCAUAUCCUUUUCUUUCUCUUGUAAACCCUUAGUCUUCCCUCUCCCCAUUCCUUUCCAAGUGGCUAAUAUUCUCCUCCAUAAAAACGAGGGAGCUGGUAUCACUUGUUUACACUUGUUGCUUGCUUAUGCAUUUGACCAAAACCCACACAGUUGUAGACCUAAAGCAGGCAAUUUACAUUUUAUGUCUAAAUGAAGAGAAGGCUGAAAUGAUUCAUAUUGUGCCAUCUGCAAGUAGAUGGGCAAUAGGCGAGGAGAAGGCAAUAGGUGACCUGUGACAGGGGCAUCAAAAAUGAUGGAUGCUGCAUAGUCGUUUCCCAGUGCCGGACCCUUGACUGGUCCAGCUGAAGCUAAUGGAGGCAGUGAUUCAGGAGGCAAGGCAACGAGUCUCUCCAGGCACUUAAAGGAAGGACCCUGCUACACCUUGACCCUCCACCAGGAAGAACCCACCCCAGCAAUGCAAUCUUAAUGUAAAAAUAGCCACAUUUUCUAUAUGUGGGUGUUUUUUGUUGUUGUAAUCACUAACCCUCUUGUUUGAGAUUUGGUAAUGGAUCCUUUGCCUCCUAUAUAAUUUUUAUCUCUGAUGAUAGAGUGUCUAGUAAGUAUUUGAAUCCUCUUCACUAAGACAAGUAUUACGUAAUGUUACUGAAAUCUAAGUAAAUGGCAUUGUUGAAAAGUCUUUUUGUUAUAGUUGUCAAACCAUCUGGAACCCUUGAUCUACCAUUUAUGUCACUCUUUUUAUGGGAAGUGCAUUUUAAGUGCGCUUGUCCUUGAACUUUAGAAUACAACAUAUAUAAAUUAGAGAAUAUGUAUUCAUUUCAAUAGAAGUGAUAAAUUGUCUGUCUUCAGGUUUAUAUAACUUUGGAUUUUGGUAGACGAGGAAAGCAGGUUAGGGUUUCUUUAUACCAAACUCUUUGUAUUGUUUCUAGGGUGUUAGUAUUAAUACCAAGCUGUAUAUGAUUUCAUGAAAUUUGGUUCCUUUUUAUAACUUAAGUGCUGAUACUUCUUUUCUUGGUAUUGAACAUAAUCCAAAGUAGAGACGUUAUUACCCAAGUCAAGAAAGGAAGGGAGAAAAGAAAGAACUAACCCCAAGUCGGUUUUCAUUCACCUGAUUAUCUAGCUGCUUCUGAUCUCUUAUUUAUAUUUUUAGCCAUUUUGCCUCCCUUCCCCCAGUGGGUACGGCCAGGAAAGGAUUCAAAGAAGCUUAAAAAUGGAAGAAGUUAAAACCACUGCUAAAAUUUGACCAACGAGGGAAGGUUGGUUUAUUUUUUAAUAAUGAAAUUUCAGUUAUUGAUGCUUUGUCCAUCAUAAAAUUAAGAGCUUGCAAAAAUACAUGGUCUUCAUUAUGUCCUAAUGCACUUUUAGUAGAUCACAGAAGUGGUCAAAACAUCUCAUAGCUGCAUUGAAGGCAAAUAUAUCCUAGCAUAUAUACAUUAUAAAAUUGUAUAGAAUAUUAUUCAUAUCCCUGGAAAUAAGCUACUGUGAACAAGAUAAAAUGGGCUUGCUGGCUUGAGGUUUAUGCUAGCUGUGAGAAGAAAGUAAACUUGCUUUUCAAUGUAUGUUGUUUUCCUCUCAUACCAAGAAUUUGAGUUCAAGUUUAAAAACAGCAAAGAUGUCACUGUGUUUCCUGUACCACCCAGAGUGGGCCAUGUUAGGAAUUUUAACUGCCUUGGUUGAAUUGGAGCCAUUUAGCACUUGUUCCAUUUUAAAGCCCUUUGGGAAAAAAUUUUAGAAUAUGGCAUAAAUGUAAGAUAGGCGUUUCUUUGUAGAUAACCAACAUGCAUUUUAAUUGUU